CUAACGAAUAUUUAAUUAGAUGAGGGAAAAUAAUUAUGGUGCAGGCAAAUGCAGCGUCCGGAAUGGCUGUGCACGAUGAUUGCAAACUGAAGUUCCAGGAGCUAAAAGCGAAGAGGAGUUAUCGAUUCAUUGUGUUCAAAAUUGAGGAACAACAAGUCGUGAUUGACAAAAUAGGGGAUCCGACGGAAUCCUAUGAGGCUUUUCAGGCCUGUUUGCCAGCUGAUGAGUGUCGUUAUGCCGUCUUUGAUUUUGAUUUCACAACUUCAGAGAACUGCCAGAAAAGCAAGAUCUACUUCAUUGCAUGGUCACCAGAAAUUUCAAGGGUGAGGAUGAAGAUGGUGUAUGCAAGUUCCAAGGAUAGAUUCAAGAGGGAGUUGGAUGGCAUUCAAGUUGAACUGCAAGCAACUGAUCCAAGUGAGAUGAGCUUCGACAUUGUGAAAGCGCGAGCCAUCUGAGUGCUCCCUUUAAUCUCACCUCUCUCUCCUUCACAGUUAUUAAUUCCUAACUGCUUGUUUCAAGGUUUUGAGGGCCAUCCUGUUACUGUUUUUAGCUUGGAUUCAACAAACAACUAAUCCAAAAAUGUCAUGUAUUGUUAUCAUCAUUAUAAUAUAAUGCAUCAUUAUUCCUUAAACUCUGUCAUUGUUUAGUUUUUCUAUUGAUCUUGGUUUAGUUUCAAGAUUAAGUAAGCAUUAUUUAUAGGUUAUUACUGUGCCAAGUUGCCAAUCAAACCACUUGGUUAUUAGUUUGGAUUUUUUUUAGUUUCAUUUGGAAGAGGAUUUCAUGUAAAAGCAUUUCUUAUAUACUCAUUUUUAUGUCUCUUUGAAAAUAUAUCACAGUGCUC